UCCCGCCUCCCUCCCCGCCGAGCGCAGCGCCCCGAGCAUGGAACCUGCCUGAGACGCUCGGCGGGCUCCGCUCCGGCAGCUGCUGCUGCGGCACAACAUGGAGGCGGCGCCGCCGCUCCCGCUGCUGCUGCUGCUGCGGCUCCUGGCCGCUUCGGUGCUGCGCUGCGAGCCGGGCUCGGCCGGGGCGUCUCCAUUCCUGCUUUUUGCCAACCGUCGGGAUGUUCGGCUCGUGGACGCUGGAGGCACAAAGUUGGAGUCCACUGUGGUGGUCAGUGGUUUAGAGGAUGCUGCUGCGGUUGACUUCCAGUAUUCGCAAGGCAUCGUUUUCUGGACAGAUGUGAGCGAAGAAGCCAUCAAGCAAACUUACAUUAACCAAACUGGGAAUGUGGUGCAGAAUGUCAUCAUUUCUGGUCUGGUUUCCCCGGAUGGCCUGGCAUGUGAUUGGAUUGGGAAAAAACUUUACUGGACAGAUUCAGAAACCAAUAGGAUAGAAGUCGCUAAUCUCAAUGGAACAUCUAGAAAAGUCCUCUUCUGGCAAGACCUUGAUCAGCCCAGGGCAAUAGCUUUGGAUCCAGCUCAUGGAUACAUGUAUUGGACUGACUGGGGCGAAACACCCAGAAUAGAACGGGCAGGAAUGGACAGCAGCACACGGAAAAUAAUUGUUGAUUCAGAUAUCUAUUGGCCAAAUGGACUCACAAUAGAUCUUGAUGAGCAGAAACUUUACUGGGCUGAUGCGAAACUGAGUUUUAUUCAUAGAGCAAAUCUGGAUGGCUCCUUUAGGCAAAAGGUUGUUGAAGGAAGUCUUACUCAUCCAUUUGCAUUGACACUGUCUGGGGACACCUUGUAUUGGACGGACUGGCAGACACGUUCCAUUCAUGCCUGUAACAAACGGACGGGAGAGAAGAGGAGAGAAAUAUUAUCUGCUCUGUAUUCACCCAUGGACAUCCAGGUCCUAAGUCCAGACCGGCAGCCCUACUUUCACACUCCAUGUGAAGAAAACAAUGGUGGUUGCUCCCAUCUGUGCCUGCUGUCACCAAGAGACCCCUUCUACAGCUGUGCCUGUCCCACUGGCGUGCAGCUAGAAGAUGAUGGCAGGACAUGUAAAUCAGGUGCUGAAGAAGUGUUGCUGCUUGCUAGGAGGACUGACUUGAGGAGGAUUUCCUUGGACAUGCCAGAUUUCACUGACAUUAUUCUGCAGAUAGACAAUAUCAGACAUGCAAUUGCCAUAGACUAUGAUCCUGUGGAAGGCUACAUCUACUGGACUGAUGAUGAUGUUCGGGCAAUUCGUCGGGCAUACCUUGAUGGCUCCGGAGCACAGACUCUGGUAACCACAGAAAUCAACCAUCCAGAUGGUAUUGCUGUGGACUGGGUGGCAAGGAACCUGUACUGGACUGAUACUGGAACAGACCGCAUUGAAGUGACCCGUUUGAAUGGGACAUCAAGAAAGAUCCUUAUAUCAGAAAAUCUAGAUGAACCUCGUGCAAUUGUGCUCAAUCCUGUGAUGGGCUACAUGUAUUGGACAGACUGGGGUGAAAGUCCAAAAAUAGAAUGUGCUUAUUUGGAUGGGUCAGAGAGGAGAGUUCUGGUGAAUACAUCCCUGGGUUGGCCUAAUGGCUUGGCACUGGAUCUUGAAGAGGACAAACUUUACUGGGGAGAUGCAAAAACAGAUAAAAUUGAGGUCAUAAAUGUUGAUGGAACAAUGAGGAAAACCCUCUUAGAAGAUAAACUUCCGCAUAUAUUUGGGUUCACACUGCUGGGUGAUUACAUCUAUUGGACUGACUGGCAGAGGCGAAGCAUUGAAAGAGUUCACAAGAUAAGGGCUAGCAGAGACAUUAUUAUUGAUCAGCUGCCAGACUUGAUGGGCCUUAAAGCAACAAGUGUUACCAAAGUUUUUGGAACUAAUCCAUGUGCAGAGAACAACGGAGGCUGCAGCCAUCUCUGUUUCUUUACACCUCAGGAGACCAGGUGUGCCUGUCCCAUUGGCCUUGAGCUCUUGAGUGACAUGAAGACUUGCAUCAUUCCUGAAGCCUUCUUAGUUUUCACAAGCAGAGCAGCAAUUCACAGGAUAUCCCUUGAAACCAAUAAUAAUGAUGUUGCUAUUCCUCUUACUGGAGUCAAGGAGGCAUCUGCUCUGGAUUUUGAUGUUUCUGAUAACAGAAUCUAUUGGACUGAUGUUAGUUUGAAGACCAUAAGUCGAGCAUUCAUGAAUGGGAGCUCUGUUGAACAUGUGAUUGAAUUUGGGCUAGAUUACCCCGAGGGAAUGGCUGUAGACUGGAUGGGAAAGAACCUCUACUGGGCAGAUACUGGAACUAAUCGAAUUGAGGUAGCCCGUCUGGAUGGACAGUAUAGGCAGGUCCUUGUGUGGAAGGACUUGGACAACCCAAGGUCUUUGGCUCUUGACCCUACCAAAGGGUACAUGUACUGGACAGAAUGGGGAGGUAAACCUAGGAUUGUUCGAGCAUAUAUGGAUGGAACAAACAGCAUCACUUUGGUGGAUAAAGUGGGUCGUGCCAAUGACCUCACCAUUGAUUAUGCAGACCAACGGCUGUAUUGGACUGACUUAGACACCAGCAUGAUCGAAUCAUCAAAUAUGCUAGGACAAGAACGAGAAAUCAUAGCAGAUGAUCUACCUCAUCCAUUUGGAUUGACCCAGUAUAGUGACUACAUCUACUGGACAGACUGGAAUCUUCACAGUAUAGAAAGGGCAGACAAGACCAGUGGGAAGAACAGGACACUUAUUCAGGGUCAUCUGGAUUUUGUGAUGGAUAUACUGGUCUUCCAUUCUUCACGUCAGGAUGGCUUGAAUGAUUGUGUGCAAAAUAAUGGUCAUUGUGGUCACUUGUGCCUUGCUAUACCAAAUGGAUUUAGAUGUGGCUGUGCUGCUCACUACACCUUGGACCCCAACAGCAGGAACUGCAGUUCACCUACCAGUUUCCUUUUGUUUAGCCAGAAAUCUGCCAUCAGCCGAAUGAUACCUGAUGAUCAGCAGAGUCCAGAUAUCAUCCUGCCUAUGCACGGCCUAAGGAAUGUGAAGGCUAUUGAUUAUGAUCCCUUAGACAAAUUGAUUUACUGGGUAGAUGGGCGUCAGAAUAUUAUAAAAAGAGCCAAAGAUGAUGGCACUCAGCCUUUUACUGUCAUGAGCUCUCCAAACCAAAGCCAGAACCCAGAGAAGCAGCCACAUGACCUCAGCAUUGAUAUAUACAGCCAUACCUUGUAUUGGACCUGUGAAGCCACAAAUUCUGUCAACGUUCACAGGCUGAACGGCGAGUCAAUUGGGAUGGUGCUGCGAGGCGACCACGACAAACCCAGAGCCAUUGUAGUGAAUGCAGAGCGGGGGUACAUGUAUUUCACCAACAUGCAAGAGCGAGCUCCCAAGAUUGAGCGUGCAGCCCUUGAUGGCACAGAGAGGGAAGUGCUUUUCACAACUGGGUUGAUCCGACCAGUAGCGCUGGUGAUUGACAACAAACUCGGAAAGCUUUUCUGGGUGGACGCAGAUCUGAAGCGCAUCGAAAGCUGUGACUUGUCAGGUGCUAACCGUGUGACUCUGGAGGACUCCAACAUCCUUCAGCCAAUGGGCCUGACAGUGCUGGGGAAUCACUUGUACUGGAUUGAUCGGCAGCAGCAGAUGAUUGAGAGAGUGGAGAAAACUAAUGGGUACAAAAGGACUAGAAUUCAAGGCCGAAUUGCGCACCUAACAGGCAUUCAUGCUGUGGAGGAACUUGAUAUGGAGGAAUUCUCUGCACAUCCAUGCUCCCGUGACAAUGGUGGAUGCUCACAUAUCUGCAUUGCCAAAGGGGAUGGGACUCCAAGAUGUUCGUGCCCAGAGCACCUUGUGCUCCUGCAGAAUCUCUUAACGUGCGGAGAACCUCCAACUUGUUCCCCAGACCAGUUUACCUGUGCAACUGGAGAGAUUGACUGUAUCCCAAUGGCGUGGCGGUGUGAUGGAUUCCCAGAGUGUGAUGACCAGAGCGACGAGGAUAGUUGCCCAAUAUGCUCUGCAUCUCAGUUCCAGUGUGAGAAAGGACAAUGUAUUGAUGCACAUCUGAGGUGUAAUGGAGAAAUUGACUGCCAAGAUAAAUCUGAUGAAGUGGAUUGUGAUACCAUUUGUCUGCUCAAUCAAUUCCGAUGUGCCAGUGGGCAGUGCAUCCUCCUGAAGCAACAGUGCGACUCCUUUCCGGAUUGCAUUGAUGGCUCAGAUGAGCUCAUGUGUGAAAAAUCAAAGCCAUCCUCAGAUGAACCUCAGCCCCACAGCAGUGCCAUUGGUCCCGUCAUUGGAAUAAUACUUUCCCUUUUUGUCAUGGGAGGAAUGUACUUCGUUUGCCAGCGAGUAGUGUGUCAGCGCUACGCCGGGCCCAACAGUCCCUUUCCACAUGAGUAUGUCAGUGGCACGCCUCACGUCCCUCUUAAUUUUAUUGCGCCAGGAAGUUCUCAGCAUGGCACUUUUACUGGUAAGGAUGGAAUCUCUUGUGGAAAGUCUAUGAUGAGCUCCAUGAGCCUCAUGGGAGGGAGCAGUGGUGCCCCCUUAUAUGACAGAAACCAUGUUACUGGAGCCUCUUCUAGUAGCUCAUCCAGCACUAAAGCCACUUUCUACCCACAGAUCUUGAACCCGCCUCCGUCCCCAGCUACCGAUCGCUCCCUGUAUAAUGCAGAGAUGUUUUAUUCUUCAAACAUUCCUUCAACCACAAGAUCUUACAGGCCUUACCUUAUACGAGGGACAGCUCCACCCACAACCCCGUGCAGCACAGAUGUUUGUGACAGUGACUAUACCACUAGUCGAUGGAAAGCCAACAAGUACUAUAUAGAUUUAAACUCAGACUCAGACCCUUACCCCCCUCCACCCACACCUCGCAGCCAGUACAUGUCGGCAGAAGAAAGUUGCCCUCCAUCUCCUGCCACAGAACGAAGCUAUUUUCACCUAUACCCACCUCCACCCUCUCCUUGUACAGACUCCUCAUGACCUCAACAGAAGGAACUUUCCCUGUAAAUAUUUUUAAAUAUGAACAGAUUUUAAAUAUAUAUUUUAUGAUUUAAAAGAUAAAAAGGGGUGGGAAUUAAAAAGGAAAAAAAAAAAAGAAAAAGAAAAAGAAAUGUGAAUAAAAACGGGUGGGAGGGAUGGGGCUGUGAAAAUUGUACAAAGGAAGAAUAUUUAUAAAAUUGAUUUUUUUAACUUAAAUUCCCUUCUUUUGUGCCAUAUUUGCCUUUUUGAAAUCACGGAACUGACUUAUUCCCCAAAGGAUUUGGGGAGGCAAUGUUGAGCCUUUUUGCAUUUCAAACCACCUUUUUACACGCAAAGUGUAUGCAAUUCUUUUUACAAAUGUGAGAAAAGAAAGUGAAAUGGCUUGUGGAAGGAGGAGGCUAAAGACCAAUAUUCACAGAGAAGAAAAACGUGCUUAAAUAGUUUGUCAGUCUCUCAUCCCUUGUACAUCACUGGGAGAAAACAUGCAAAGUGUACCACUGUCAUAAGCUCCUGUUUGCCAGUGAGCUGAGUGCUUCCCAGCAGAACCUGUGUCUUGAGACCUGGAUUUUGAAUCCCGGUCUACAUUUGCUCAGCACUGAACUGGAAAAACACCUAUUUUAACCAAGUCUUUCAAAUCGGCUGUUCACACAGGCAUGGUGUCCUGACUCACACAAGUACCGUACUGUGUACUGGUUCUGGAACUGAUAGGAGCUAGAAACAUACCCAGAUUUCAAAUGCUUGGUUGAACUACAGUCAGUUCCCACUUUGAGUGCAUGAUAGUAGAAGUUGUAAUGGCCUGCCAGUGAGAGCAAGGGGCUCUUAACAAGAGAAAUGCCUGACAAACUGCAGCUUUGCUCAGGUUCACCAUUUUAAUUUGAAUGAAACCGGGUUCUUUCCUCCUUGUCUAGCAUCUACUUCCUUGUGAGGCUUUGGUGACUUCUCAAAAUACAGUGGUGCCUCACCUUUCACCCCGAAGUUUGGUAAUUCCUCUGUUCUGGGUCUUUGAGAUGUUUACCCAUGUUGAAUUCAACAGUGAAUUGCUUCACCUCCAGUGUUCAUUUCCCAAAGCGGGACAAUACAGUGGCUUGUGUUUGAAGUGAUGAAAGUUGUUUGUUUGUUUGUAGGACAUGUUGAGCUCAAAACCAAAACAUCUGCCAUUCAUGCAGUUUAGUCAUGUCAUCAAAAUUUGCCACCAAGUUAGUCUAGAUUUAAGUACGUUAAAAGCAUGGGGCGGAAGGAGAGAAGGCAAAUACAUCCGAUUGUAUUAAAAGAAAGAAGCUGCAACAAACUACUGUAUCCUUGGGACACCAUAAUCAGUGAAGUGCUCCUGCUUCUAGCUCAGGCCAAACCCUUUUGUGAAAGGGAGGCUGGGAUAAGAGCCUUUCACAGCACAGAAGAUAGAUUUUUGCUUUGAUUCAUCUCCUGUUGUAACAAAGGGAUUUGGGUAUUGAAUGGCAGUUUUCACCUCUGUCAGUGAUGAUGUGUGUGCCUACCUGGGAUAUCUGAGGGAAAAUCUGAAUAUGCAGAGCUGCACCUGUUUCUGCAGCUGCUGAAUUAACACGUGGUGACUCUUUGACAGCCUUAAUAUUGUUGGCAACAACAAGAGGUUUUUCCUUUUUGAACUUUAAAUUAUGUUUGGGUCGGUGUUUUUUGAACAAAAGACGCCUAGGACUCCAAGGGCAAAGGUUGUUGCAGUGGUGGGGCUAGGACCAUGGAGUUCCAAUCCAGUCUGUGUUGACAGAUUUGUUAGUGCAGGUCUGUUCUUCCUGUGUUGUUAAAGGACAAUAUUGGUGCUGUCAUUGUUGCAUUACUGGAACUGUUCAAGUAGAUUUCAGUACCUUCAUGGCUAAAUUUUUGCUUCUGAGUUUCGCGUUUGGCACAAAUAUGAUGCCCACCAUUUCCUGUGGAGAAAAAUAGAGAACUGGAGAAUCCAGCACUGGAGUUUAAGAAUGGAUUCUCUUCCCCCAUCCCUUGCCAAAGUUUGCAGUUAACACCAUACAUUGUUUUAUGCGUAACUGUUGGUCGUUUGUAAUGAAUGUAUUCAUUGUUUCAUGUUACAGUUCUAGUACAGAGCCAUACCAUACUAAUAUUCCUGUGUUCCUGUGAUGACACUGAAUGCAAGAUUACUUUUUUUUCCCCCUUUCCUUAAACCACUGAUGGUUUCAAAGAGCUGCCACUGUAGCAAUCCCAACCACUUUGUCUUAUUCUCCUCUUAUAAAGUUUGGAGUUGAGUGCAAGAAAAUUAGCUGAGAGUCAGGCUGACUUAAGGACCAAUGGAACUUGACCCCUAAGUACUCAGAAGGAAGCGAGCACUUGCUGAAUGGAAUGGAUUAAGCAUGUGUGCUAAUUGUAUUUCAAUUGGAUGUUCGGAACCUCUUGCUGCUGAUGUUUGCUGAGCAAUCACUUCAUCUGAGGCGCUUCAGGUUUUGUGAUCAGAAUGCAGGUUCCACGCUGCUCCAUGGAACUGACUUGAAAAGCCUCUCCUGAAGAGAACUUGUAAGCAAAUAUGUAGCAUCUAAGGAUUUAAAGAAUAAAAUAUUGCUUUUUGUUGCCGUAGGCUGUCUAAUCUAAAAGAUCUGUGCACUCCUGCUGUCAAAAAAGACCGUAUAUUUGAGAGAGAAGAGCUGCUUUUCUCCAGAAAUAUCCCCUGGUGUGUUUUUAGUGAAGUAUGUUUUCCAUCCUGUGAACCUUCAGGCUAAAACUUUUAAAACAGAUGCUUGCUGCUUCUAGAUCAGGAUGAGGGAAAGUGCUGGGUGGAAUUAUUGAAGGUGUGUGGCAAGUUGUAGCAGUGCAGGGCUGAGCGGGAAAUAAGAAGGGAAAAGUUAUGUUUUGCUGAGGUUCAGGUGUGGUUCUGUUAGUGCAGAAGGGUGCUAUGAGAAAGGCUUGAGGUAUCCUGGUGUGUCCUAGGAGUUCUGCACCAAGAACCUGCAGGGGGCUGCAAGUGGUUGGACUUUCCAUGUGAGCAUCUGAGUACUUGAAUCAGUUUACUGAAGUAUUUUCAGAGCCCAUUACGACUGUAUAUUAGCACUUUAAAGCAGCUUGGGGUGGAGAAUGGAGCUGUGUCUGUAUAGCAGCUAGUAAUGGGCAAAUGAACUGGGUGAUUCUGUGUUACAUCUAAGGGCAGAUUUCAGAGCAGAGAGCUGUUUCUUUGCCUUCUGGUGCAGUCACAAAGGCAGCUAUGAGGGUCAUCUUCUCUCUGUUGAAUUUAUUCUGUCUGUGCAACAAAUGCAGUAGCAAUGUGAAGCUGUAAGGUAAAUGGGCAGACUUAAAAAUCAUGAUCAUCAUUGGCAAGGUAUCCUUUGAUUUCAAGCACAGAGUUGGUGUGAAUUUGAAACUCUGAAGUGUCUGUGCAUGGCAGCAGUCGCUAAGGGCUGGCCAUGCUGUGCUGAGCUACCAGUGACCUGGGCGUUCACCCUCUGCCUGUAGGGUCAAAUCCUUUUGCUACAGAGAGCUCUGGGGCUGUUCUGCAUCAGAGCCUGUGGAGUGCAUUGUAGUACAUUACGAGUGUGCUCGGUCAGACUUGACAACGUUGUGUGCCCCGUGUGCUCUGUGCAUUAUCAGAAGCAGAUCUUUUCUGAUGUCAGUCAUUUUGUUGGAGUAUGUGUUGAGUCAGUCCAAAUGAGUAGCUGUGCUUAUAAUUGUACAACAAGUGAUACCCAUUAAUGUCAGGAAAUGAAAACAGAAGGCAGGCAUGUUCCCAGUAAUUAAUAACACGCAGGAGUGCCUGGCACGGAGCCCUGAAUUAGAAAUAAUGUAUUUGUUGCUACGGUGCUGAGGGACGUUUUGCAAACUUCCAUGUUUGGGCUGAGCCUCGGACAAGCCAUAAUCCAACAUGACAGACAUUUACAGAACGGUUAUUCAGUUGUUUCUGUUUAAUAAUGAGUGCACUAUAAAUGAUGAGUGCAGUCCUCUCCACAAGUUUCAAAGUGCCUGCUGUUCUGUUAGUGUUCCUUUACAUACUGCAACGCUUUUGUCAUUAAAUAGAAAAUACCCUUUCUUUGACUAUCGGGAGUUCAACUGAGCAGCUUUAAGGUGUUUCCCACGUGUUAAAAGUAUCAUUAAUAUACAUAGGUAUUUUCAUUCCCAUUCCCAAGAACAUGUACUGAAGGGGUUUUGUAAAGGGUAUUCUGCUCUACUUUGUGUAUUUUGCUGUUGGCCAACUAUGCUGUGGAUCUGCUCAUGUUAGAUCAUGCUCCUGGGCAGGGGGAGGAGAAACAGAUUUAAAUCAGUGUUAAACCUACUGAUAAGAAUGAUGGAAACCAAGCUUAUACAAAUGGCUUCUUCAUCCUGCAACCAAGUUCCUCCGAUGCUGUGUCCCACCUCUGCAAUACUCCCAGCUGCCCAUGGCUGUAAGACACCACAACCGGGCUGUCCCCAGCGCCUGAGAAGGCAGGAGCCACAUACAGAGCCAGCACAGAAUCCUGCUGGAUAGAAGAUGACGGAAACAAUUCCUAAACAGGACACUUGACACCAAUGAAAUAUGUGCAGAGAACACGCCUUGAAAGAGAAGAAAAUCAAGUCUCAUAGCUACAGAGAUGGACCAGCUCACCAGCAUUUAUGUCUGUUCAACGAGUGCCCCUAUGGAUGUACCUUAAUCUGACUGAUGCUCCCAGGGAAGCUGUGUCCAAUGAAGGCCACCAUGUCCCACUUGUAUUUGUACAGAGAUCCUGCAAUGUGUAAACGAGAGCAGAAGUAUCUUAAUUGCACCCACGAAUGCAGCAGUCAUAAAUGGUAUUAAUCAGCCUGCAGAGGUCAGAACAAAAGCUGUGGAAAAGUACUUUGCUGUUGGAUGUGAGAUUUGGAGGGCAUCAUUGACUAAACUCUAACCCAGACAGCUUUUUUACUUAUCUAAUUGUAUUGUAAUUGCUGCUAUUUGUAAAUGUACCUGAAUAUACAAAGAUUACCAAGAUUUUUUAUGGUAAACACACGCAAUCUUUUUUAUGUUUAUAUUAAAACGUGUAUUCUGCAAACAACCUAA